AUGGGCGCGAACAGUGAGUCAUCGUCACGAGAUUCAGAAGAACGUAGUUACGCACACGAUGAUCACUACGAGGAGCCCAAUCUUCGGAGCCGGCGACCUCAUCAAUCUCCCCCUAGAACAGCUUCUGAUAGUAAAAUAAACGGAAAUGUCGGAGGUUCUGCUAAAGCGAGGACAGCCAAGUCUCGGUCGUCAUCACGCACUCCAAAAUUAGGUGUUGAUUAUACGAAAGAGCAGUCUGACCUAGUGGAACGGAUCCGACAUUGUAAGGACUACUACGAAAUUCUGAACGUGUCAAAAACAGCAUCUGACGCUGAAAUAAAGAAAGAAUAUAGAAGAAUGGCACUUCAGCUCCAUCCAGAUAAAUGUAGGGCACCACAUUCUACAGAGGCAUUCAAAGCACUGGGCAACGCAUAUGCGGUAUUGUCCAACGAAGAGAAACGAAAACAAUACGAUACGUAUGGUACCUCUGAUAACGGAAACAACGUAAGCAGAGGACCCAGAGGAGACUUCUUUGAGUACGACUACGCUCAUGGGUUUGAUGCUGAUUUCUCGCCUGAGGAAAUAUUCAAUAUGUUCUUUGGCGGCGGAUUCCCAUCGGAAUCGGUGAGGAGAGGACGACAUUUCCACCACACUUCUCAUAGUCACAGCACGCGCAAUCAAAAUGAAAAUCCUUACACUCCCUUGCUACAACUUCUUCCGCUGAUUGCAAUCCUUGUCCUGGGGGCCUGCUGGCCACUAGAUGGUUGGCGAUCCGCGUAUUCUCUCCAUAUUCAGGUAUUUGCUUUG